AUGCCCAAAGCCCGACUCCUCUUGCUCGCUUCCCUAGUCCUAACCUGGUGGCUUGCCCAUCUGGCCUCGCGUUACAGGCCCAUGGUCCAGGCCGAGCUCUCGAUCCGCGUCCAGGAAGCUCGACGCAGAAUCCCCAGCCUCUUGCUCGGCUGGAGACCCGUCGGCGAUGGGCGCAUCCAGUACAACACAUCCAAAGUCGCUCUUCUUAUCGAGCCGCGCCCGCUUCCGCACCUGGUCCCCUUGAUUACGCACAUGGCCUCGGUGGUGCCGCCCGACUGGCGAUUCCUCUUCAUCGGCUCGCCUUGGAGCGUAUACAACGUCGGGCGCUCGCCGGCCAUCAAGCACCAACAGGCCGUUGGCAAAAUGACCGUCAUGAAGAUGCCCAAGCCCUGGUCCAUGGAUGGGAAAGAAGACAUGUCCCGGCUCCUGACAGACGCUAGGUUCUACGAUGAAUUUCUCCCAGGGGUGGAAUGGCUCUUCAAGUACGAGCACGACAGCAUCCUAUGCGCCAACUCGCCCAAAGAUCUCGACGAGUGGUUAAGUUGGAGCUGGGCAGGCGCUCCUCGGUCCGAGGACGAUCGACUCUCUAGUACCGGGGGCCUGACACUGCGGCGAGUGUCUGCCAUCCGGCGCGUUCUCGCCUUCCAGAGCCGCCACAACAACUCGGAGCCAGAGGACGAGUGGUUCGCAAAGCGCCUGUCGGCGAUGCCGGGCGAAAAAGUCGCGUCCCGGUUGCAUGGCGCCUUUGCAGUGCAGAUCGUCCAUGUGGAGAGGCCGAUGGGAUAUCACGUCCCGGACGGUGGCGCCAAUCUCGACACCAACAUGUGGAAAGACCCGGAGAUGCGUCGCAAGAUCUUUGACUACUGUCCAGAGCUGAGCAUGAUCAUGGACAUGAAGCUGGAGCGGGAGAGAUGCCCCGACGACGAUAGGCACGGCGGGAGGAAGCCGGUGGAAGAGUAUUUCGCGACCAAGGCAGUCCACGCCGGGACGGAGCAGCAAGAUGCGGAGAGCGCAAGAAACAGGUUGAUUGUUCCGCCUCGACUGCUUCCAGCCCCGCAGCCGCGCCUAGAGGCUUGA